CCCACCUGUGACGUACGUAAAACAUAAUUGAUGACAUUUGUAUAAUCUUCAAAAUGAAAACUAUUAUACUGGGUUUUAUAUUACUGGUAACACCUCAAACUUAUUUAUGCCUUGAUAAUGCACACAUGAAUGAACUGUUUGAUAAAAUCAACAAAAACGUCGUUAAAUUCAAUGCAAUAGCCGCUGAAAUUGCUUGGGCAUCAUCACUCGAACCAGGAAAUCCUGAGUUACCAACUAAAUCAGCAAAAUACCAAAAACAACGGAUAAUAUGGCAACAAAAAGUUUGCAGUCAGUUGGCAACAUUGGAAAAGCGUCAGUUGUUAAGCCACACCCAUAGGCGACAGACGUAUCUCUUGUGUAGAGAACCUAAAUACACCUACAGAGAAACAAGACUCGCCAGUACGUUAUAUGAAAAGUUGCAGUCUAUGUACUCAGAAAUAAAUAUAUGCAUUCCCAAUGAAGAAAACGUAACCGGAAAUAACGUAUCAGAUAUUGAAACAGCCAUCACCAACUACUUAACUGCAGUUGACGAAGUUGUACAAUCUCAGGACAUUGAUAGAGUAUCUAUAGCAUCAAAGGUUGCAGCCAAUCAUCAUGAUGACUAUAAAAAUGCUAUUUGUCUAAACAAUGAUGCAGAUUUUGAUAAAUUGAUGGCUAUUUCGAAGAAAGAAGAUGUACUACGAUGGACUUGGUUGACAUGGAGAGAAAUAGUGGGACCACUUAUGAAGGAACCAUAUAAAGAAUUAGUGGUUUUAGAAAAUAUGGCUGCAAGAAGAAGUGGUUAUUCCGAUAUAGGAGCAGCGUGGCGAGAUGAACUUGAAGUACCUAAUUUGAAGUUACUCUCUCGUAAUCUAUAUGAUCAAAUACGUCCAUUAUACGAACUGCUACAUGGUGUAGCUAGAUUCUAUUUAAGAAAGCAGUAUGGUGAUUUAGUACCGGAAUUUGGAUAUCUACCAGCACAUUUACUUGGUAAUUUGUGGGCACAAAAUUGGGAGAAUUUGCUAGAUAUAAUUAUACCGCAGACUUUAAACUUGGAUGAAAAUAUCAAGAAACUUAACUGGACAUCAAUUCAUAUGGUAAAGCGAGCGGAAGAUUUCUACCAAUCACUAGGUUUACCGCCAAUGACUGAUACAUUUUGGCGCGAAUCCAUAUUCAGGCGGGAAAAUAAUGCAACGCGUUGUCAUGGCACCGCGGCAGACAUGUUUAAAGAUGGCGACUUCAGACUUUUGUACUGUUCCGGAACAAGUAUGGAAGAUUUCUAUGUGCUGCAUCAUGAACUUGGACAUAUUCAAUAUUAUAUGGCAUACGAGGAACAACCGGGAUUAUUCAGACAAGCAAAUACAGCGCUUCAUGAAACCAUAGGUGAUACUAUAAUGCAAGGUGUAUUAACUCCACAACAUUUACAUAGACUCGGUCUCAUUAAUGAUUCUAUAUUGUACACAAAUGAAUUUAAUAGUAAACAUGAUAAAGAUAAAGAAUACAGCGUAGAUGAGAGUGAAUUCAAAGAAGAAGAUAUUAACGAAGUUAAUGAUUUACUUCAUGAAUUAAAAUCGACGGAUAAUAUUCUUCUGUUUAAGCAAGCUUUAAAUAAAAUACCACAGAUACCAUUUUCGCUUCUCAUAGACGAGUACAGAUGGAAAUAUUUUGAUGGAUCAAUGAAUAUUAAUAAUCUGAACAAAGAAUUUUGGAAGAUGUCUGAAGAAUUGAUGGGAAUAGCGCCACCGGAAGUUAGGAGCGAAUACUAUUUCGAUGUUGGCGCAAAAUUUCAUGUUCCUGAUAAUACACCGUUUAUAAGAUACUUCCUGAGUAGUUUCAUCCAGCACCAACUAUUUGAAGCUCUUUGCAAGGCUGCUGUGUAUGGCCGAAGAUCGGUAACGGAAGACGUUCCUGAUACCAUUCCUAUGAACCGCUGCGACAUCUAUGGUUCCAAGGCAGCAGGAAAAUUGCUGAAGGAGCUCAUGUCAAAAGGUCACUCACAACAUUGGCGCGAUAUCUUGCAAGCAACGACGGGUGACACUACCAUAUCGUCGAAGGCUCUAUUACGUUACUACCGCCCUCUGCAGAAGUUAUUGGAAAAAUUAGUUCGUAUAUACCGUAUACCCAUUGGCUGGUAA